AAUUCCGUUCAAAAAAAAUAUAAAUAAUUAUGUUUAUCAGUAAUAAUGAUUCACUGGAGUACUAUAUUCUAUGGGAUGCCAUUGAGUGAUAAGAAAUACCGCAAAUAGCGAUUCACAUGUUUCCCAGGAACUUCUCUUUACUUCACGCGUUAGUUUUCUGAAAGAAAAUCCCCGGUUUUUUUGGUCCAAUACCCCUCGAAGAUGAUACUUCUCUCGUUCAGCCCCAGUACCCCACAUGCAGAAAAAAAUUAUCUUUAAAUCUCGUGAGGGAUUUGUCAUAGUCACAGGAACAACGAUGUUCCUGAACCAGUGAUUAUGGCUGACACAGAUUCAGGGACAACUCCAUCGACAUCUGGGGCAGCCGACCAAGAGAGGAAGGCGGACGAGGACAGGAAGGAGGCUGAUACCAAGAGAACCGUUCUCGAGACUCAUGGGUACACCCUGCGCGAAAUCAUUGGGACUGGAUCCUAUGCCACUGUCAAGCUCGCGAAUUCGGACAAACACGAGUGUCAAGUUGCUGUGAAAAUAGUCUCGAAAUUCCAAGCUCCCAGUGACUACCUCAAGAAGUUUCUCCCCAGGGAGAUCAAGGUUGCAAAAGGCCUAAGGCACCCAAAUCUGAUAAGAUUCCUCCAGGCUAUCGAAACGACUCAUCGUGUUUACAUCAUCAUGGAGUUCGCUGAGAACGGCAGUCUCCUGGAGAUCAUCCGACGCGACGCUUAUAUCGACGAAAUCAGGAGUCGCAGGUGGUUCAUUCAGCUUUUGAGUGCUGUUGAUUAUUGUCACGAGAAAGGAGUUGUUCACCGGGACAUAAAAUGCGAAAAUCUGUUGCUGGACCAACACUCAAACUUGAAGCUGUCGGAUUUUGGGUUCGCACGUGGCCACAUGAAGACAAAGAGUGGUACAAUGUCACUGAGUGAGACCUUCUGCGGCAGCUACGCCUACGCCUCCCCUGAGAUCCUUCGAGGAAUUCCUUACGAGCCGCAUUUGUCAGACAUUUGGUCCCUGGGAGUUGUUCUGUACGCUAUGGUCUAUGGGAGACUGCCAUUUGACGAUAAAAAUUAUGCCCAACUGCUGAAGCAAGUCCAGAGUAAAGUGACAUUUCCGAAAAUUCCGAAGGUGUCCUAUGCCUGUAGAGCCCUGAUAAAUAAAAUUUUGGUGCCCCAGAGGGCGAGAGCAAGACUCCAGACCAUAAAAGAAGACCCCUGGCUGAUAAUUCCAAUGGUAUCAGUGCAAACAUCGGUAUCCAAUAGAUCAUUACUGAAGAAUGAUGAGACUAGCGAUGGGAACAGGAACAGUUCUCGAGGGGAUUCUCCCGCGCUCCCCCAGUUGGAGCCUCCUGAUAGCCAGGGAGAUGUAUGA